AUGGAUAUUAGCCAAGUAUUGGAGAAUGCGAUCUUGAACCCAAACGCUCAACAGCGUUCAGAGGCUGAAGCCCAGUUACAGGGCAUGGCAAAGGAAAACUUUGUUAUGUAUCUGGGUCUCUUGACACAGACGUUGGCCAACGUAGCGCUGAAGCCAGAGGUGAGAAUUCUUGCUGGUAUCACUCUAAAGAACGAGCUCACAUCGAAGGACUCUCAUAAGAAGAGCGAACAGGCGCAGCGCUGGAUCAGUUUGGACACUGCUGCAAAAGCUGAGAUCAAGAACGUUGCUCUUUCCUCCUUGCUGACAGAUAACGAUCGUGUUGCAAAUUCUGCAGCACAACUUGUGGCUGCUAUUGCUGAAAUCGAACUUCCUAGAAAAGAGUGGACUGAGUUGAUUGGGCUCAUUGUGGAAAACACCAAGCCAGAAAAACCAGAGCACGUGAAGCGUGCUUCUUUAUUGACGAUUGGUUACAUUUGUGAAUCUGCUGAUCCAAAUGACCCAACCAUCGUUGCACAGUCCAACGGUAUCUUAAUUGCUAUUGUUCAAGGUGCUCAAUCCUCAGAGACUUCUAAAGUGGUUAGACUCACUGCUUUGAAUGCACUUGUUGAUUCCCUUGAGUUUAUCAAGCUGAACUUUGAGCGUGAAGGCGAAAGACAUUACAUCAUGCAAGUGGUUUGUGAAGCUACACAAGCCGAUGAUAAUGAGCUGAAGGCUGCUGCAUUUGGUGCUCUUGCUCGUAUCAUGGCUUUAUACUAUUCCUAUAUGAGUGUUUACAUGGAAAAAGCCUUGUAUGGAUUAACUGUUGCUGGUAUGCAAUCCGAGGAUGAGCGUGUUGCUUGUAUGGCUGUUGAGUUUUGGAGUACCGUUUGUGAAAAUGAGAUCGAUAUCACAAUGGAAAAGAACGAAUACCCAGAUUCUCCUCUGAAAUUGUACAACUUUGCCAUGUACGCCAUUGAAACUAUCUUACCAACGUUGUUUCAAUUAUUGAAAAAGCAAAACGACGACCCAGAUGAUGAUACAUGGAACGUUGCCAUGGCUGCAGGUGCUUGUUUGACGCUUUUCGCUCAAGAUACCGGAAACUACGUUGUUCAACCUACUUUGACUUUUGUCGAACAAAAUAUUGGGGGUUCCAGUUGGAGAGAUCGUGAAGCUGCUGUGAUGGCAUUCGGUUCUAUUCUUGAUGGUCCGGAUAGAGAACAGUUGAAGGUGUUGAUUCAACAGGCUCUCACUCCAAUAUUAGCUCUUAUGUCUGAUGAAAAUUUGCAAGUUAAAGACACUGUGGCCUGGUGUGUGGGCAGAAUUGCUGAUUUGCUCAUUGAUGCCAUAAGCAUUGAUACUGACCUUCCAAGAGUCCUCUCUGCCGUCUCACAAGGUUUGAGAGACCACGGAAAAGUUUCCACAAACUCUUGUUGGACUUUAAUCAACAUCGUUGAACAGUUGAACGAAACCGCACCAGGUCAAGACACCUCCAUUAUUUCUCCAUACUACAGCGGAUUGGUACCAAUCUUGUUGGAGAUUUCUGCUAGAGGUGAUAACGAACACUCUACAAGAGCCGCCUCCUAUGAGGCAUUGUCCAUAAUGGUGCAAUACUCUGCUAAUGAUGUGAUGGAUAUUAUCAACAACGUUGGCUCUGUUGUUUUACAAAGGAUCGAUGCCACUACACAACUUCAAGCUCAAGUUCAGACCAAUGAGGAUAAGGCCAAUCUUGAGGAAUUACAGGCAAAUAUUUUAGCUCUGUUGACAAACGUUAUUAGAAGAAUCGGCCCAGACGUUUCUGGUGUUGCCAAUUCUCUGAUGGAGUUACUGCUCAAACUACUACAGACCCAGCAGAACUCUGUCAUUGAAGAGGAUAUCUUCAUUGCUAUAUCUGCCCUUGCAGGUGCUGUUGGCCAGAACUUUAACAAUUACAUGAGUGCCUUCCUACCAUUCUUGACCAACGCUUUGAACCAAGUUGACUCUCCAGUUUCUAACACUGCUGUUGGUCUUGUUGCUGAUAUUUCCCACUCUCUUGGUGAAUCUUUCCAACAAUACUUUGAAGGUUUAAUGAAUAUCCUUGGUGGUCUGCUUCAAAAUCCAAAUGUUCGUAAGGAGUUGAAGCCAACUGUGCUAUCUGCAUUUGGUGACAUUGCCACUGCUGUUGGUGCUGGUUUUAAGCCAUACCUGGAUGUGGUUUUCCGCAUUUGCCACGCUGCACAGAACAUGGAGCCAGAGAACAGUACGCCAGAAGCUGUUGACUACGUCACCACUGUUCUUGAAUCUGUGUUGGACUGUUAUGUUGGUAUCGUUGGUGGAUUGCAUGAAUGUGCAAAUGAAAUUUACCCAUACGUGGCACAGAUUUUCGAACUCUUGAGUGCUGUUCAAAAGGACAUUGCAUUCAUCACUAGUGAUAGUGUCAACAGAAGUGCCGUUGGAUUAAUUGGUGAUUUGGCCCAGAUGUUCCCAGAUGGACGCAUCAAAGAGGCAUACGCCCAAAGCUGGGUCACUGAAUUCAUCAAGAGGGUGAGAACCCAUCCAGAUUUCUCUCAGAGCACCAUUGACACUGCUAAAUGGGCCAGGGAGCAACAGAAGAUUCAGUUGACUUUGUGA